AUUCCGAACAAAGCUAGCAGAUCUUAUCGCUAUGCAAACAAGAAAGAACGAAAAUGACUCGGUAAAAAUUUCAUAGAAAGAAACUAAGUUAGCUUAAACGUGGGAAAGGAGUUUCGAACGGAGCGCGAUGAUCUUGGCCAGUUUCUGCGUCUGUGGUACAGUGUUAUCGGGUUGUUAUCGUCGUGCAACACGUGUCAAUAUAGGCGCGCGUUGGCUGCCACUGUUGAGUGCAUUCACCGACCAUGCGCACAUCAGCUGAACGAAACUCUUCAUAAACCGGCGGGAACACGUUGCACAUGACUCAGUGUACACGAUGCCACGAGUUGGUCGCGAUAGAUUACGCACCACGUAUAUACGCCCUUCCCUUUUUUCAGUUUUCUGCGGUGCUACUACGAGCAUUUUUGUCAUCGCGUUUUCUUGACACAUAGAUCUCACACAUGUGACCUUUCCUGUUUGUUUGCGGUACGAUAUCCGGCUCAGCGUUCAGACAAAGAAGCGCGACCGAUGCCUCAAUUCAACAACAUCCUCCCUCACCGAGGCAAACGGCCGUUUUUGAUAAAAAGACUGAAGGAGCGAAUAAAAGAAACGGCGUAAAAUAUUUUCCGGGGAGGAAUGACCAUCUGUUUUGUCACAGAAGAUUCACAAGAGAUUAAGGAGGAUCGUCUAUCGGGCAAGCGCGGGCAAACGACUUUUAAACUUGAGUCAGGGUUCGUUGGCCCGAACCCAGGGACCCCACAAAAUAUGUAUUCGUGAACUGAUACACAAGAAACUGCAGAAUCGACGCGGGAAACGAAGUUGAGGAAGUGGCGUAGAUACAGCGCGUGCGCGAGAAAAAUUUCAACCGAUUCGAGUUUAUACCACUCUUCACUUAUCAAACGAGCAACAAAACAUUCGUCGAUUAUUGCGCAGCAGUUCAAUAUCAAAGGUUCUAAAAGAAUAAAAAUGUGGAAUCGUUGUUAAGACCUGAAUCUUGAAACGCAUUAACGAUGUGAAUUUUUUCAAAUUUGACAUGCAUUUGAUAAAAUAUAACAAGAAGUAGGAUAGGAACUUUACUUACGUGACGAUUCCUACAUCAUACAGAACCUUUUUUAAUCCCAGAAAAGUACAGAGAAUAUCGUUGUUAUUUUCUUAAAUAUACAAAUAGAUUGAUAAAAAUGAACACCUUGUAUAUGAUUGGACGUUCUGUUUAUACAUGAAGCAUGAUGGCGAGGCUUGCACGUGAGAGAGUCAAAUCGAGGACGAAGACGAUUGAAAUGAGGAAAAGUAACGGGGCGAAUAACGGGUUGAAUUUAACGCAUCUUGCCGUUACGAGCACAUUUGUAAGCCUAGUUGUUAGGUUACAGUGGAUCAUGUAACUUCACAAUCGAAUGCAUAUUAAUAAUGCACACUUGUCUCGGUGUUCACAUUUAUUACCGGUUUGCAGACGGACAGACGAUUUACAUGAGAUCGUAAACAAGAUAAAUAUCGAUUUGUUCCACAAUAUUUUCAUUUUUGUUCGGCGAAUUUUUAGUGGCCUUGCUUUCGAUAAACAAGUUUGACGCUAUCUUUUCUUGGUAUCGUUAGCGAUGACGUUGUACGUCUUCUCUAGAAUCUUAAAUAUGUCUACGCCAGGGAAAAUGAAGUAGUCAUUGAGUUUCCAAGAACACUGUUACUUUAUUCCAAGAAAUUUGUGACACUACAAACUGUAUGAACGAGUUGAUGUAAUAGGAUUUCCGGAAUCCCGUUACCCAUCACGUUUAAGAUAAGAUACAUUUUUAUUAUGACCUUUGAUUAUUUUCUAAAAAGAAGAAAAAGAACUGAACUCGGAACUUAAUCUACAACAUUGUUUCUAAAUGUAAUCUGAAGGAGUGAAAACGAUAUUAAUAAACGGGAACAUUAGCAAAAAUUGAAAUAUUCACGUUUGUUACAAAUAUCUUCUUGCAACAUUAUACCUUUUGUUGUUUUACUAAAAUAUAAAAAUGGAUAAAAUUUUUGUUCCCUCCUUUUGAUGUAUAUCAAUUAUAUACCAAUGUUAAUAAUACCAAUAAUGUGCUUAUGCUUUAAUGUUUUCUCUGUUUAUGAUAAUAUGACGAUUAAAACUUUUAAAUAGAAUUAUAAACUAUUACAAUCUCAAUAUUAAAAGAUUUACACAUAUAGCCAAAAGUCAUAUUGAUCAAUUACAUAAAUUAGAAAAUAAAACAAAAUUAUGUUACAAACACUAUCUUUUUUAAUCUUCCUUGAAAUUUAUUGUUAUUUAUAAUAUUUCCUUGUGAUAAGUGAAUGUGUGGAAAUAAACCAUUUGUUUCUUGAAACUGGAGGUUAAUUAUAUUUCCUGAGUAAUGCAAUUGAGAAAUUUGAGAAAAGUGAAGUUAUCAAAAAUUAAUUUGAUUUCGGACUUCAUAUAUCAUUGAUAUGAUGAAUCGUAUCGACCACUCGAAUGUUAAUCGCCGGCGCGCGGUUCCUUACCCGCCAGACAUCGAAGUAUUCGAUCGCGCAAGUGCAACUUCCGUUUCGGUGGGAGAACACAACUACCUUCGUGGGGGUUUGAAAUGGUGGGGAAUCUUCGAAGAGAGCGAGUUAAACGCGAGGCAGCUAGGUUACCAUCGCGUAUAUACCGGCACUAUUGACAUGUUCCGGCAAACACGCGCUUCGAGCUCUUACGAGCAUUACGUUCACUGAUCAAACUCCUAACGUGUCUCCUUCGCGAUGAUUCCGUCUGAUUUACAAGUGUACCGCCAGAGCAUGCGAUCACCUAAAUGGCUUACAUAAGUUGCGCGGUAACAUUAAUUACUUCGGGUAAACCGCAUGCAUAUCUUAUGCAAUAACGUCGUGAGUAUUACUUCAAGAAAUUCAAAUUGGUGACAACCUAUUAAAACUGCGUAAACACAAUUCGCGAAAGACACCUUCACGGACCUUUCGGCACUCUUUCGUAUCUUCUUACGAAUACGAAAUAGAGUAGCCGGUUCUUGGGUCACUCGAUUGCCAGUUACGUGUUCUAUUCCCAUUUUAAAUCGAUGACAUAAACUGCGGGCAGUGCUGAGUAAUUAUUAAACAUUAAGUUCACCAAGCGAUAAUUCUUAUAAAAGCAAUAUUGACAAGAACGAAAUUUAAAUGAUACAAUGUGUCACACAUAAAAUACGAACUUGGUGUGGAACGUGACGGUGACCUAGAAACGAUUUGAAGUGGUAACUUUAUCAUCUAAGUAGACAAAUCUCGUAACGGUGCCAAGAAAAAAAUCGAAGUGGGGGAUCAAGGAAUGCGAACUUUAUUCUUUCAAGUUGCUGUGUGUCUCUACGAAUCAUGUUCGACCUACGAUUAUAAAAUUUGCACUACGAAAUGAGAUCUUCCUAAGCUGCUGUAGAUAUAGAAAAUCAUUUUUUGUUUCGUUUCAACGAAUUUUAUUCGCCUAUAAUAUAUACUUCAUACGGAAAAUACAAAAGAAAACCACGUAAAAAUAAGAUACAAAAAUGAUCGAUGUCGAUAAUAAGAAAUAGAGACUGUUGGAAAUAUCUGGUGAAGUUUCGUUUCUAAGAUUCCUCUGAUUCGCGGUUAAAGACGUGCCAAUGAUCGAGCUUGAGCAUUCCAUCUAUAAAGCGAGUAGUUCAGGUUUGCCGUGGAGUUGACGCACUGGCCGCGAUCGUUGCAUGAUAUCUCAUGUUUUUUGGAACACGCGGUUCGUGUGUGUGUUCCAGUCUCGCGUCUCGUGCUCGAAUUUUACGUUGAUUUUUAACGGACCUAUAUUGAAUCAAGCGUGCGUCGAAAGUGCGGUGAAAUAAAAAACAAAGUGCUGUGGCUUAAUUAAACGGUGAAGAUGGAGGAUACAGAAGGGAAAAUCACGCCGAGAAUCAGCAUGUCCGUGAUCGUGCUCGUAAGCACGCUGUUUCUUGGCGGUGUGCUGUUUGUAAUCGGUUACAUCGUUAGCCGGUUGUCACGGUCCAAUAAGCCUUCAGAUUCAAUAAAAAAUGGUACAGAAUCGGAAAAAGUGAAGUUCGAAGAUUCGAGGGACUUAACGAGCGGAUCGACUGGAACAACCGGCAGCAGCAGCAACAAACGCGCUAAGAACAAAAAGAGACGUGAAAUACAACAAGAGUUUACGCAUUCGUGGAUGGUGGGUGUGCUGAAGGGACAUACCGGGCCAGUUCUAGAUAUGAAUUUUUCCAGUAACGGAAGAUUUCUCGCAAGCUGUGCCGAAGAUUGCGGCCUGGGGCCGGAAGAAGAGGUGCUGGAUCCUGGGGAGACCGAUCAAUACAACAACUGUCAGGCGAAUCAUGAGACAUCAGGUUCAACGAAGGGGACACUAUCAGGGAGCAACAGCAAGUCGCCUUCCUCAACUUCCGUGUUGGCGACAAUUACCGCAUCCGAUGGCCCAUCUGCAACCUCGGACGGAGCAAAUUCGACGACGACAUCGUCGUCAACGAAGGAAGAUCGAGCCAUCCUAAGUAGAAGGCAACGAAAGAAUCGUACCAGAACUCCACGAGAUCAACGUCGCGAGCUUCGGGACGACGAGCACGAAGACGAACAGUCGAGCCAACAGCAACAACGACAUCGUCGACACGUCCACUGCCGAGACUCGGAGACCUCCGAGAUAAAGUCCACGGCGAGAAAAAAUUCGUGUUCCAGAAGAAUCCAGGUUCAGAAUGAUUCUCACGACGAGGAAAACAAGAACGACAGCGAGCCCGGGACAAGUGCAAAUGGCAGCUUGAGGAAGUCUCGCGGUAUUUUUCCGAGCACUCAGAGAAGGGAACUGCAGCAUUUGAGUGACGCAGCUCUCGCUUCGUUGCUUCGCAGAUACACGCUCACCGGGGAGCAGCUAGCUCACCUUGGCUAUCCCGUGGAGUACAGUUAUUUCCCUGGCUACGCGGUGAUUAUCAACCAUUAUCAGCACCCGAUGGGUCAUCGAGCUCGUGGCUAUCAUCAUUUGGACGCGAACGCGCAGGAAUUCGUACCUGGCGGCAACAAUGCUACGUGGCCGGCGGAGAGCGAGGGGGACAGUGGACAUUGCAGCGGAAGUUCGGUGGAGAAUUCCGAUUUAGAGCAAGAGAGUGCUUCGGAUAGUGAUAAGAGUUCAGACAUCGGCGAGUCGUCAUCCUCUACCGAUUCAUCAUCUUCAUCACUUUCCUCGUCCGAUUGCAGUUACCAAGAGCAAUCCAGAAGCGACACGACUCGGGAUCUCUACGAACCGAUCCUGGUCGUCGAUGAAAGAAAAUGUGCCAGAUGUUACAGAGUCUUCUACGUGAACCAGAACAACGGUGAAUACCUGUACCACGAACCAUGCGUUUACCACUGGGGCAAGCUACGUAGCGGUCUCGUAGCAGGCACUCACUGUGAUACAUGGGAGUGUUGUCGAGGACGAGAUAACGCCCAAGGCUGCACUAUAGCUCGAAUGCAUGUGUGGACGGGAUUGGCGCCGGGUUAUAACGGCCCGUUCGAUGGCUACGUCCGUACCAGAUUGGCGAGAGCCGUGCCCGCAGAUGGCAAUUAUGGCGUUUAUGCUUUAGACUGCGAGAUGUGCUUUACGCGGCGCGGUCUCGAACUAGCCAAGGUCACCGUGGUCGGCAUCGACGGCAAGGUCGUUUACGACACUUUGGUGAAGCCGGACACCGAGGUGAUCGAUUACAAUACCAGAUUCAGCGGCAUCACUGCAAAAGAUCUGGCAAAAGCUACGAAAACACUCAGGGACGUUCAGAGAGACUUGACCAGUUUCGUCCACGCGGAGACCAUACUCAUAGGUCACGGGCUGGAGAACGAUCUGCGUGCGCUCAGGUUACUCCACACGACGGUGAUCGACACGUGCGUCGCGUUUCCGCAUUUCCUCGGUUAUCCUUUUCGUAGCAGUCUAAAGACGUUAGCGAGGACGGUGCUACGUAGAGAAAUUCAAGUAAAGGGGCACGAUUCCGUGGAGGACGCUAGGAUCGUGAUGGAUCUCAUGUUACGGAAGCUGCAGCACGACAUCUCGUAGGAUCAUCAAUGACCAAGAAAAAGGGAAUUCGUGUAGAAGAGGAGAAAGAAGUACAGUGAAUGAACCGCCGGACUUUUUUGUGAGAUGCUCAAACAGACUGCGUGGUGAAAAUCGAAUUUCUUUUUCGUCGACGAGCAAUUUGAAAUUCGGACGUUCGCUAUUAUGUAAUCUCGCCGCGUAGGAUUCCAUCGAGAGGUUAAAAUGCGUAAACGUCGGUUCACGAUUUUCGUCUUCUCAACCUAAUAAGUUGAAUCUACUAUGAAAACGUUAAUUGUGUCGACCUGCGCGAGUAACCUCCGUCAGUGUUCAGUUCCAAGUGAAGUCUGUGAUACGUAACAAAAAAAAAAAAAAAAAAAAAAAGAGAAAAAAAGAAACUACAUACGUAAUGCGGUCCCCGACGCGUUUAGGCAGUGUUCAUCAUACCGGGGUCGCGUUUUUCGCUCGCACAGAUGGACAUAUACAUACACAUGCAUACACAACUCAUACAUUCAGUAUCAAAAAUAGAUUGUUACUUUUUGUACGAUACACAUCGUUGCCGAGGGAAAAAAUUUGUCUCGGAUUUUUUUUCUUUUUUAUACAUAAUAUAGAUUAAUACAGAAUUUUCCUCUUAAUAAAUCUCCAUUGCGGCACCGAUGAAAGAUGUUAAUUUCCUUUAGCCGAUUUCUAUUUUUCUGACAAAUUUCUGCCUUUUUUAAGAUCCAAGAAAAUAGAAACACAUGGAUCGUUUAUAUCGGUAAAAUCGAUGCUCGAAAAGGUCUGUUUUUAACACUCUUUUCUUGAAACAUUAAAAAAUGCAGAAAAUGUAACAGAAAUUGAAAAGUCGAAUCUUGUUACCCUCAGAUUAUAAUAUUGCGUAUUGAGGCUCGACAUGCUAUGCAUCUGAAAUAUAAUAUUUCCAAGAGUAACGACGAAUCGUACGAGUUCCUCUCGCGGUCGCAAGAAAAAUUCUUUGUCCUUUGCUGUUAGAGGUGGAUUAUGUAAAUUUUGUUAGCGAUGACAAUCGCAAUAAUAAAGAUUAUUACUCGAUGAUCCGUCUAACUCAAGUUCUUGCUGAUAGAGAGACUUCAUUAUACAACAAUAUUUCCUAUUCAGGAGACAAUUUCCUCGGCAAGUGAUGUUAGUGGUGAUAUACAUUUACACACAUUGUUUCUCAUAUGUAGUAAUAUGUUUCGAGUUUUUCACACUUCAUGUAUCAUAUAAAAAAGUACAUCUGGCAUCUAUGUAUAUAUAUAUGUAUAUAUGUAUAUAUAUAUAUUUACGCAUAUAUGCAUAUACUAUAUAUAUAUGUGUGUGUUUGUGUUUGUGUUUGUGUGUGUGUGGGUGUGGGUGUGUGUGUGAGUGAUGUAAGUAUAUGUAUAUAAGUAUAUGUAUAUAUGUAUAUAUGCUUACGCACGUAUAUACAUAGUAUGCAUAUACAUACACGUAUACGCGUAUACGUAUGCGUUUCUUAUACCUUGCGAUUUGCGACCUCUUCUCAUGCAUAUUUCAUCCCGCGUUGUUUUUUCGUACACGUACUGCGAGAGGAGGACACGCGGCGUCAUUGAUGCUCGUAAAUGUCUCGGGCUUCCACAAUGGCUUGCAUUUAAAUUCUCCUCGAAAACGUCUAGAAAAUGCCGCUAAACGAGGACACACACACAAAGAUCGAGAUGUUACUUCGAAUCAACUUGGUUUUUAUUUUCUUUUUUCUCCUUUUAAUUGCUAUUCUCUUUUCCUUCUUCUUCUUCUUUAAAUUAUAUUCUUCGAUAAUUUUUUUUCUUUCUCCUCGAAUUGGCAAGAGAUAAGGAUUUUCUUACGAUAAAAUGCCCGCUCUGUCCUCUUCGUGUUUGUCGAGCAAAACAGAAACGAAUGUACCUUAUCGCCGCGUGCGUGCGUGCCACUCCGCUCGUUCUUCAUCCAUAAUCGGUUAUCGAAUUUCUUCCCCAAGACAAAAGUGGCGAACGUGAGCCGAAUCGAGCGACAUUUUUAUAAUUGACCACAAUAAUCCAUUAUCUCGCGUUCAUAUGACAACGUUUUCGUUUCAUACGUGUCGUCGCAUGUAAACGAUCGGGAAUACUCGAUCCGAAUCGGGAUCGAAUCCCUGAGAACUGUACGUCCGAUUUCGCCUCACGCUAUACGAAUUAAGACAGUGAAUAAUGUUCCGUGAUUUUAUACUUUAUUACCGACAUUAACUGAUGCCCUGUGUGUGCCCAUUUGUCUAUCAAACGUAUAGUAGAUAUAACGUACAUAGCAAUAUUGUAUCAAACGCACGUGGUUAUUUGUACAAAGUAUUCCGCAAUAGAAUUUUGCAUUUUCCUCCUUCCAAGAGCCGGGAAAAUUACACUUCUGUGUAACAGGUUUUCACGAUGAAAAACAAUCAUCCUUGGAAACCGGUGCUUUACACCAAUUGAAAUUAUUUUACUUAAUUUUAGCUCUGCCAUCUUAUGUUCAUCCCGACGUUUCUUUUUCUUAUUGUUGUUGUCCUUCUUUUUUUUACCGUUUAAUUUAUGUAUAUUAUGACUCGCGUCAAAACACCAGAAAAACGUUUUCGACCUCGCAUCGGUACAUCGAUCUCAGCUUCUUGUACAUAUAUCAUCCGACAUUCUUUCGUUGCGAUAUUCAAACAUUUAUUCAAAACAUUUUGAAGAAGAACUUUCUUAACACAUGCGAAUCCGUUAAUCGUCAUUGGAGCGCGAUACAUUCAUAAGGAUUGUUUCAUUACGCUCAUGGUUCCGUUUUCAUGCUAGAAAGUCACGUGGUACGAAAAGCAAUAUUAUUCAUCGCUUUGUAAAUAGCAUAAUAUUUAUUUAAGCGCAUCGAGAGGCAAAGUACCUGUGCAUCCUGUAUGAAGAAUGUUCCUCCGAUUUUCUCAGCCAUUACUUGCAGAAGUACAACGAGGAUCAUCACGGGGAUUCGUUCACGAUCGAUUAAUUUUGUUAUAUUUUCAUGCAUCUUUUUGUAUACCGAGAACAACUGAUUUAUUUUUCAUUUGUACCGUUUGAAUGACGUCCAAAUACUGGAAAAAUACAUUUAUUAUAUAAAAAAUAAUUUUUACUCUCAAUCCUUUAUAACUACAUACAAUUUCAAUAACUACCCCUGUUUUCUCACUAACAAAUAACAUUGAAGAAAGUAUCCAUUGGAGGUAUAAGAAAAUGAUGAAACAGAAAUGACAAAAUACCUGAAUACCUUUAGAGAAUUGUCGAGAGAAAAGUACGUUAGAUGUAUCGUUCAAAGUAAUUCGAAACUCUGAUCCAAAGAGUAAACCGACAGAUUUUACCAAGCAUCGCAAUUUGACUAUUUUUCUCAAAUGAUCUUCAAAUUACUUUGAACCACUUGUCACGCGGAAGUAUUUUUCUCGGAUAUGUUAUAAGCAACCCUUGCCAUUUUCGUAUAAAUAGUUCAUUAAUCAUUUCGAUCCGAUUCAAUCGACAAUGAUAUAGUAAAUUCGCUGAUCUUACAAACAGCGUGUAACUUUCAAAGAAUAUCGACCAUCUUGCCGGAACGAUCAGGUUACGCAUUUCAAUGGACGAUCUUUCUUAUUGAGAAAUUUAUAAAGCUAUCAUUGCCCGAGGAUCUCGUUCCUUUUUCAGAAUAUUACAUCUGAUGAAGUUUCAUGAUGAAUCAUCAGCCUUGAAGCGAUCUCGUUCGGUGCGCGUCUGUCCCGCGUUCCGAAUGAAAUUCGAAUCGUCGAAGCACCGCGAUGGAAAGAACAUAGUCUCAUUUCUUUAUUGUUCGCAUUAUUACGACUCAUUAAAAAAAGAAAAAAAGAAAUUGUUCAUCAAAAGUCUGCUGAGAAUAAAAAGAGAAACGAGAUACAAGAGGAAAGAUGGUCGCGAACAAAUCCUCGCGAGGAAACGUGUCCUCGAGAGGAAACAAUGGAAAUGCUGCGACACUGCAAAGCAUAUAAUGAACUCUCCUGUUUCGUGUUUCCCUCCCACCCGAUCUUUCAUUCCCCUUUCUUUUCAUUUUGUUGCACCGAAAUAACCAGAAACUCCUUGUCUUCGUUUAACGUCGUAUAUAACGUAGGUAUAUAGGAAAGUGUGCGCGCAUUAAAUGCACGGAUAAAAAUGAUUAAUGUAAACUAACCACGAAGAGGCGUCAAGGAAAAAAAGAAACAAGCGAAAUGAUUCUUUUCCUCGACGAUCGACCGAGAUACGUAUACAUUUGUAUACCGUACGCAUUGUGCAUCUGUAAAGAUGUCGUUGGAGAGAAAAAAAAAGAGUAUUUUCACCGAUCGUGUCCCCUCUGGCAACCUCGAACUUUGCCUUCUAUCGUAGAUAGACGUGUCUCUCUCUCUCGACACAAGACACACCCGAGACUCGUCCGCUAGACUUUCAAAACGCUUUUUGUUAUUUCCGUCGCUUGAAAGCGACCCACGUGUAUUAAGCAUACAUA